AUGCCUAUUGGAUCUCCGCGCCACGAGAUUGCGGCAGCGUGGUCGACGUCGGCGGCGGCCGAGCCGGCGCAAGAGCCGGCGCAAGAGACUGGUUCGUCGCCGCACGGGGCAAGGCCGCCGCCCAGCCCGAGGGCUCCCAGCCCGAGGGCGCCUUCCCCGCAGCCGCCGGACUCGCCGAAGCCGGCGCGGCGCGCGUGGGGCGUCUACGACGGCUCGUGGGCGCGCGGGGCGCCGAGUGGGUUUGGCGUGUGGGUGAGUGCGGGACGAGAGCGGUACGAGGGCGAGUGGGCCGACGGGCGGCGGUGCGGCGUCGGGCGGUGCGUGUGGCCCGACGGCUCGUCGUACGCGGGCGAGCGAGUGGCUGGAGGGGGGGAGCGGCACGGCUGCGCGGGCGGCGAGCACGUGACGGGCUGGUGGGCCAAGGGGGAGCUGGAGCCGGCAGCGGCGGAGCCUCCUCGGGUGCUGGUGCUGGACUGCGGCGGCAUCACGAACCCGGAUUGCGAGGCGGGCAACGAGAGCGUGGCCGCGGCGAUGGGCGCUGGCUAUUGGCACACCGCGAUGGAGGUGGCUGGCGUCGCAGAGGCCGAGCGCACACCCGAGCGAGCGGCGGCUUGCGAGGCCGCCCUUGCUCCGGCGCUGCGCCGCUGCUACGCCGAGACCGCCGCCGUGGCGCGGCGGCUCAAGGAGGAGCGCGGCAUGGUUGUGGGCGUCAUCUCCAACCACCUGGUGACGCCCGGCCUGUUUGGGUACUGCGCCGAGGGCGCGCGGCUGCGCCUCGCUGCGUCUCGCCCCCUCUGCAAGCCCGACCCCGCCAUCUUCGCCCUCUUCUUCGAGCGGCUGCGCAGGCUCGAGCCGGGGGUGGCGCCCGCCGAGCUGCUCUUUGUCGACGACAAGCCUGCGAACGUGGAGGCCGCGCGGAGCCUCGGCUGGAGGGGCCUCGUCUUCAGCUCGAAGACCGCCCCCGCAGGCGGCUUCGCGGCGGAAGCUACUGACGUCGAGCUAGAGGCGGUGGGUGAGUCGCGAGGCGGCAAGGGUGAGCGGCCGCUGAGUGUGGAGCUGAGUACGAAGGUGGCACCCGCCCCAUCCCAGAGCAUGGCGUUCUCGCAGCUACUGCCAACCUCUGCAGGCCCGGGUGAUGGCUCUGGCGAUGGCGACGGCUCCAUUCCCUGGUAA